AUGGCUAAGCUGGAGCUUACUAUGAGCUUACUGUGCCCACAAAAAUUAGUGAAAGUACAAAGGUUUUAUCCAUAUUUUAAGGAUUGUGUUCGAGCUAUUGAUCUAUACAUAUUUUCGCAAUGGUCCGACGAAAAAAGUGAUAUCUUUUCGCAACUAAAAAGUGGAUGUGAAGGUUCAACGGAUGACUCAAAAGUAUUAAGUGAUACUUUAACAAAAAACACUAAUCGACUACCAGUUCGAGAGAUUAUGGAUUUCGGGAAAGGAUAA